AUGAUUCACUUCAAAUGCUGCCCUGAAAGCGACCGUUAUCCCUGCCACAAAUGUCAUAACCAGUUUAUGGCUGCGCAAGAGGAGGAGCGCGUGAAAGAACCAGAGGAAAAUAAACCGUUGAUAGAGACCCCUAACACUGAAGAGGUUGAAGAGCUUUCCGAACAGACUACGGAGAGCACGGGACUAGAUGCAAGUUUGGCAACCGCGGCUUCCCCAGCGGAGGAUCGCACGAGAAAACAGGAGGAAGAUAAACCAUUACCAGAGGCUUCCGAAGCUGACGAAGGCCUCGAGGGGACGAGCGGCGGCGCGGAAGCCGGUGACAAUUUGGGAGAUGUAGCUGUACAAGUGGAGAAGCUUGGGAUCGAAGGAGAGGAAAAUAAGACAUUGCCCGAGAUCUCGACAUCACAAUCUGGGGAGGCCCAAAGUAAGCAUUAUCUUAAACGUUCCCUGCAUAUUAAAUAUUCAAGAAUGUAA